CAGAAGCACAAGAGCGGCUCAGUGUUGGAAAACGUGUUGAACUAUCGAUGCCAAUCAACCCUGGGCAUAAAUUAGCGGCAAAAGAAGCAUCAAAAUACACAAUCAAAACAUAAGUGGAAUUAAUGCGCUGAUAUUUAUUUACUCCCAAUGGAAUCCAUAAAUUUUAACGAUUUCUCCGUCAAGGAACGUCACGAGAUAAUCACGGCGUUCCUCAUCAAAAUGCGCAAAGCCAAUUCGAUGCACAGCGCCCACAGUUUCUUUCAAUAUUAUCUCAAGCAAUUUUACAAGAUGCCAACCAAACUACUCGACGACAUAAUCUAUUGCCAGCGCGCUAUGAAAAACUAUCUUUCCGUACAUCAGACAAUCACAAAUGUCUUUGCCGGGCAAGCAGACGCCGAUCCCGAGACUAAAAACAAUUACCUACUCGAAAUCGAAGACACUGUGCAUCAGAUCAAUGCAGAGUGCCAAUUUUUGAUGAUUCGUCUAGAAGAGGACAUCGAGAACUUCUGCUUACCCUUCACGGAGCAACAGCUGCAGCCCAACAGCGAUCUGAUCAGCGAAAUGGUCAGUGAAGCUAUUGUCCCGUUGGUCUGCACCAAGAGCCUCUUGCCCUUCAAGCCACAUACCGUCAGAGAGCGGCCCACAGAGAACCAAUUGCUUCGCAAAUACUUCACCAUCGACGCAGACAAGAAGAACUCGUUAGGCACCAAAACGGAGGUCACAAAGCCCACAAAAUCGACAACUAGCGGCAGAAAGAAAGGCGCUGUGAAUGCAGUUGCUUCUGUCGCUCCCUCUGCUCGUGCUCCAGCUGCUCCCCCUGCUCGUGCUCCAGCUGCUCCCCCUGCUCGAGCUGCAGCUCCUCCGGCUGUUGCUCCGCCUAAAUCAAGCAGCAAACAAGCAACAAAGACAACGCCAUCUGAGGAUGCCAGCAAGAGCGAUGCUGUGAAUGCCAGUCGCCUUCAUUUGCAGGCAGCUCUGGAGCGAGCGCGCCUCAAGAAGCAGCAGGUAAACAGCGAGGCCAAAGCACAGAGUCCCAAGGAGUCGUUUCUGCAGUCCUUUGGGCUUUGCACACAGCUGGAGCACAAGCGUAUGCUCCUGGCCCAGGCGCUGAGUCACAAGCGUGUUCGAAAGCCCAUACAAAAUUAGUUAACUCGAUUACAAGUAGGAUUAGAAGUACAAUUAUUAAGUUUGAUAAAGUUUACAAUGUUAGACAGUUAUAUCCGAAAUUAAGAACUGUUAAGUACUUGAC